UUCCAAGAGAGGGGAGGGAGACGUUAAGUUAGUGUGAAGUUGUGAAAAGUUCUCAAGCCGAAAAAAGAGCUAAGAAACUCCUCCCGUCUUCAAAUUAUGAGCAAUCAGCAGCAGGGUGAAAUGGCCGCUGUGGAGAGUGGAGGAGGAUUCAGUCAAAAGCGAAACACAAAUUCACAAGACUCGCAGCAGCCAUCUCCUCUGGCAUUGUUGGCCGCCACGUGUAGUCGAAUUGACACCCCUGGAGAGAACGACUCCUCAGCUGAGCAACAACAGAAUCAGCAGCAGCUGGAGAUAAACCAGGGUGUCUUCACCUCCACUGCCAACGGUUGGCAGGUCGUUCCUCUCAAUGUCCACUCAUCUUCAGCCUCCAACACCAUCACCACUGAUUCGUCAGGGGGGGAUAAUUGCAAGAGCAGGCAGGUGCUGUCAACAUCAUCAGCAGCUGCAAAUACUCAGGGUCAGCAGCAACAGCAGUAUGUAGUAGCUCAGGCUCCAUCAAUGCCAGGUCAACAGUUGCUUACCACUAUCUCAGGUGUGAUGCCUAAUAUACAGUACCAGGUUAUACCCCAGUUUCAGACAGUAGAUGGCCAGCAGCUACAUUUUGCACAUGCUCAGCAGGACCCCGCUGCAUCUGCUGCAGCAGCACAAGGACAGCAGUUUCAGAUCGUGUCCUCUCCCAACGGCCAGCAGAUCAUAGCUGCAACCAACAGAGCCGGUGCAGCAGGAAACAUCAUAACCAUGCCCAGCGUCCUUCAGGGAGCAAUCCCCAUACAAAAUAUCAGCUUAGGCAACAGUGUUUUGCAAAACCAGCCACAGUUUCUGGCAAAUAUGCCAUUGUCCCUGAAUGGAAACAUCACAUUGUUGCCUGUUAGUACUGGCGCAGCAGGUGGAGAUGCUAAUGGUGGCGCGGAUUCUGGAGGCAAUCAGCUUGGACAACAACAGCAAUCGCAGCAGCCAGCAUCCUCUAACAGUGGGGGGAGUUACAUGAGCACCGCAUCAACCGCCACAACACAGACCUCGUCCUCGUACGGCGUCACCCAGACACAGAAGAGUAACGGGUCAGUGACGGGCACGUUUCAGCAGAACAUCCCGAUUCAGACAGACAACAGAGACGGACAGCAGCCUCAACAAAUUCUAAUCCAGCCUCAGCAGCUCAUCCAGGGUGGAACAGCUCUGCAGACCAUCCAGGCCAGCACUGCAGGCGGUCAGGCUGUGUUUGCAGCUCCAACACUCACUCAAGAAGGGCUUCAGAAUUUACAAAUCAUGCCAAACACGGGCCCCAUCCUCUUGCGCACUGUGGGCCCCAAUGGGCAGGUGAGCUGGCAAACCAUUCAGAUCCAGAGUCCGACGGGGACACAGAUAACACUGGCCCCAGUGCAGUCUCUGCCUCAGCUAGGCCAGGGUCAGGCGGCUGCUGUCAACACAGUGCAGAUCCCAAGCCUCCAAACCAUCAAUCUAAACACACUUGGGAGCACCGGGCUGCAGAUGCAUCAGCUGCAGGGAGUUUCAAUCCCCAUCACCAGCACAACAGGAGACCAGGUAUUGCAGACAGGUGAAGGUUUGGAUGACAAUGCAGUCAUGGAAGACGAGGAUUUGAGCCCACAACCUCAGGGACGCCGAAAUCGGAGAGAAGCCUGUACCUGCCCCAUGUGCAAAGAUGGAGAGCCGCGGGACCCAAAUAAGAAGAAGCAGCACAUCUGUCACAUUAGCGGCUGUGGGAAGAUUUAUGGCAAGACCUCCCACCUUAGAGCCCAUCUUCGUUGGCACACAGGGGAGCGUCCCUUCGUCUGCAACUGGUCUUUCUGUGGCAAACGAUUCACACGUUCAGAUGAGCUUCAGCGCCAUAAGAGGACUCAUACAGGGGAGAAAAAAUUUGCAUGCCCUGAGUGUCCCAAACGCUUCAUGCGCAGUGACCACCUUUCCAAGCACAUCAAGACCCACUCGAACAAGAAGGCACCCGUUAGCAGCAACAGCAUCUCCGUGCCGGCCGACGACGCCUCUCCAUCGGCAGGAACGGAAACGAGCGGAGGAGCCGGCUCAAACAAUGACCAGCACACCAUUGUUACCAUGGAAACCCUAUCUGCGGAAAGCCUUGCUAGGUUAGCCAGCAGUGGCAUCAGCAUGAUGCAGGUGGACCUUCACCAGCUCAAUGGAAAUAGCUAUUAAAGAAAGUGGAGAAAGAUGCUGGAGGAUAAAGUUGGACAGUGUGUGGGGGGGUUGAAUGGGUUAUGUUUCAGCAGAAAUGCAACUUCUAGGAGAUGUUGGUCUGGAGAGGAGUUCUCCAAUGCUAAUUUUUAGAACUGAGGCAGAACUUUUUAUUUCAGUCUUGUAUGUAGAUGCCUGUGGUGUUUAGGGUUCAGGGAUGGACAACUGAGGAAAGAAUCUUAAAUGAGAAAUCACUGUGAAAUCCUAUUUCCUCAGAAAGGAAAUGGCAUUACACUAAUGUCUGACCCCACAGAUAGAGCCUUACCCCUGCUGCAGUGAAAGACAGGUCAGCACAAGUUCAGUCUAGGAAGAGAUAUCAAGUCAGACUCUUUACUGUUUCCCACCAGCUGCGUUUCAUGUCCCUCAGACCAACAAGCCUCAAAAUGAAAUAUCCUCAUCGAUUUUUUUCAAAUCAAAUAGUUUUAUAGAGUUCAAGACAGAAGCACAAAUUUGUUUGAGGAUAUUUGUGUCAGAUGACUGAAAUCCUGAGAAAACUCUUUAACCUCCUUAGUGAGAACUCUCAAGCCAUUAUGCUCUAAUGUCAGAACGGUGAGGCAUCUUUUCUAUGUAUAUACUUUUUCUCCUUUUUGGUAAAUAGUACAGACAUUCUUAGCACAAGCAGGAAUAUAUAUAUAUAUAACAUAAGUGGUUGCCUUUGUCUGUACAUCUUAUGCACAAUCAAUCUUAAUCUUAUUUUUAUAUAUAU